UUUUUAUUCGGUUUCGGUUCGGUACAUUCGGUUCGGUUUAAAAGCCCGGCCCUAGUAUGUGUAAUGACUAUUCUCUUUUAGUUCAUGCCCACUGACUCCAUGUGGUCGAUACCGGUUUAUUCGACAAACUUGUUACUACAAUAGUAUUAAUCUCUUAUACAUAUUUUUGUUCAUAUAAAUGAAUCUGUUGUUUAUUUCAAACACGAAUAAGUUUUUUUUUGGACAGUGAACACUAAUUAGUAACAUGAUGAAAACUGAAAAGAACAUCCCGGACUUGUUCAAAAAAAAAAAAAAAAAACAUCCCGGACAAAAAGCCUUAAUUAAUACACUAAAGAAGUUACCAAAUUACCCUCAGCUACUUGGCUGUGUGUUACGUUAAUUAGGGGUAGAAUCGAAAUUGGCAUGACCUUGUGAAAUCCAACGGCUGCAAAUCAGUGUCUUGGAAAACAAGCCAUAUCUCUAACCCUUAAUUCCCACCCUUUCAACCUAUAGUCUAUCUCUUCCGCAUCUAAACCCUAAUUUUUCUUUUGUUCUUUCAUUCAGACAAGUCUCUAAUUUUCUCGAUCUCCGUCGAAACCAUGACCACAGAAUUCGCAAAUGAUAGCACAGGCGUCUUCUGGGACCUCGAUGAUUGCUCAACCCCUAAUGAUAGUCGUCCUCAUUUGAUUUAUCAGAAUAUCAAAUCACCUCUUGAGAAUAAGGGUUAUCGUGGUGAGGUAUCAAUCUCAGCUUAUGUUCAGAAUGAAACGUUACCUGAUGACUUGCUAGAUAUACUUCGUGAGGCUGGAGUCAAAAUCUCAUUCGUACCCAAAGAUUCAACGCAUAAAAGAGUUGCUAGGAUGUUCUUGGACAUUCUUCUAUGGGCAGUGGACAAUCCUCAUCCAGCAAAUCUGAUGAUAAUCUCAAACAACUUCUCAGAACACAAGUUGUUUCUCAAGACUCUUCACUAUUUGAAACAAAGACAUUACAAUGUUCUCUUAGCAGAGCCUGGUAAGGUCGUAUCAGAAGAGGUACGUCUUUUGUUUUCGGAUGGCCUAUUAGAAAACCUGAUCAAGCAAAGUGAAGUGGAAGAGCAUAGCAAAGAUUCGGAGGACUAACUUCUCUGCGUAGCUGAAAGGUGACAACGAUCCUAAUGCAAAAUCCAUAUAUAUGUAAUCAUUAAUAGGUUCUCCAUUUGAUAUAUAGAUUCAGGGGGAGAGCUAAAAUGGUGAUGGGCGACAUUCUUCUCACCGCUGUGGACUUUUCUCGCACCAAGCCUGAUCAAGUGGUUAAUUU